UGUGGGCGGAGUUAAAGUAAGAUGGCUGCGGGAAAGCGAAGAGUGUUUGAGAAACCAUCAAAUGGGAUGUUUAUCUGUUGCUAACAGGAUGCACAGCAGCCUCAGUGAAGGAGUGGUUGAUUUCUUAGCGUCCCUGACUCACUGUGGUCUGUCUUGCCGGUUGUCUUUUGGUCGCCUCCUAUCUUGUAAUCGCUUACUGCUCUGACAUUGUGGAAUUCAUCAGCAGCUAGUCGCUAGCAGCAUACCAGCGCUAACUUACUAGCAACCAGCUAGCAGGUAGCUGCCCAAGGAAAACACCACCUCGCAACAACUGUUGAGACUCACACAAGAGAGACUGCCAGUCCUGACCGGCUAUGGAGUGGUGUUGGCUUCAGACUGGAUGACAGGGUCUACGAGGAGGACAGGGUCACAAAGUUUCUGUAGCAGCAGCAGCAGCAGCAGGCUUUUCCUAGAUGUACACUGAGCGGGAUUGACAGCCUGCACAGCCGACCUCUUUCUCCUCUUCUCUGUUGUGAUACACUUUCCCUUCCCUUUCUGCCCUUCUUUUUGCACUUCUCUUUUCCUCUCUCCCACUUCUUGUUUUCCCAUAUAAUUUCCUUUGCCUUCUGUUAGACUCAACGUCAUUGAGUUUUAGUGAUCUUUGGUCUGCUUUAAGCUGGUUUCACUAUGAGCUGGCUGAGCAGGUUAAACCCACGGGCUUCUGGGAGUCGGUCGAGCCGGAGUGCCGCCCCCUCCAGCCCCUGCACUGCAGACCCAGAGACCUGUCUCAUGGUGUUUGAAAACCACUGGAGACAGAUAUCUUGGGUGUUGGAGCAGCAUGAGACUUCAUCCUCCAGCGAUGACCUUACGGCAGUGAGAAACAACACCGACCAGAUGUUAUGUUUGCUGGCAGAGGAGCGUCCUGCUGAGAGCUCAGAGAGCGGCACCAGCGUGCCACCUAUGGGGCCCAUACUGGAGCUUGUGGUCACAGAGAAUAUCCUGGAGAGGCUGGUUCAGUGGCACCUUCGCCGUGGCUUGGACCCAGACAGCCAGGGUGCACUGCUCAAACUGUUUGAGAUGCUUAUCGGUCAGUCCCAGCAGCCCCUGCUCCAGCACACAGCCAUUCUCCACCCCCUUCUUAGGCUCCUGGGAGCUUGUGCUGACCCAGAACUCGGCUGUCCUUCAGCUCUGGAGAACAGCCUGGUAUUGUUGCUUAACCAGAUCUGCGUGUCAAUGGCCCGACAGCCGGUGGUUCUAGAGAUGUUGUUCCGGGCUGCACCAGCCCAGCAGGGCUCAACCAACCUGCUGAUCUUUUCCCUGCUUGUGCCAUUCAUCCACCGAGAUGGAGCCAUUGGACAGCAGGCGCGAGAUGCACUACUGCUGGUUAUGGCGGCGUCAGCCAGUCACAAGGCUGUUGCACGAUACAUCGCUGAGAACUCCUACUUUUGUCCGGUGUUGGCGACAGGCCUCAGCGCUCUUUAUUCCUCUCUGCCGAGGAAGAUAGAAGUUCGAGGAGAUGACUGGCAUGCCCUUCGGCGGGAGGACUGGAUGGGCGUGUCGUCGCUCGUGCUCUUCAUGAACUCGCUCGAGUUCUGCAACGCCGUGGUGCAGGUCGCCCAUCCCCUGGUCCGCUCACAGCUUUUGGAUUACCUUCACAACGGCUUCCUUGUACCUGUCAUCGGCCCCGCCCUGCAUAAGUCAUCGGUGGAUGAGAUGAUCGCCAGCACAGCCUACCUUGAUCUUUUUCUGCGCAGUAUAACGGAAACUUCCCUCCUCAAAACUUUCCUGCGCUUCAUCCUGCUGCAUCGCCAUGACAAUGACACCAUCCUGGACACGCUGCUCACGCGCAUUAGCAGCAAUUCAAGGCUCUGCAUGGUAUCGUUAAGCCUCUUCAGGACUCUCCUGUCCUUGAAUUGUGAAGACGUCAUGCUACAGCUUGUACUCAGGUAUCUCCUGCCAUGUACUCACGUAAUGCUGAGUCAGCGUCGUGCUAUCAGGGAGACUGACUUAUACGGAAAGUCAGCGGACAAGUUCCUGUCAUUAAUCCCAGAGUGCUGCCGGUUCAACGCAGCUGCCUCCUCUGAGAGAGAUGAGGAAAAUCCAUUUUGGGGCAAAGUACUGAAUAGUCCCAGCACAGAAUCUCCCGCCCCACCCAGACCCAGCACUCCAUCCCGCCUGUCCUUCUUCAUGAGACAGCAGAGCAGUGGAGGUGGAUCAGGAGGUGGAGGUGCUCCUACCUCCUCUAGCAUGGAUCCACUGCAGUCCAGUUCUUCAAGCUCCCACCAGAUGUCUCCUGACAGCCCGAUGCACCAUCAGCAGACCCACACAGAUUGUCUGGACUGGGAUUCAGGUUAUCUGGAGUAUCUUAAGGACGCUCGGAGGAGCAUUGAGUUUUGCUCUUGGGCUUGUCGUGACUGGUCGGCACCAUAUGAUGGCGAAAACCCAUCCCCAAACACAGCCCCGCCACCCCCACUUCCCCCUACCUCCAAUGUCCCAAUGACUAUGUUCCCUGAGCACUUCUCUUUCCAGCAGGGAGGAAGUCAUAACUCUUCUCCCGGUCAGCAAAGGGCGGCCAUUGUGGCAGCAGCGCGGUCUGAAUGGAGUAGCUCUGAGCGGGACAGCGGAGAGUGGGAUGUUACGAUUGGCAAAAACAGCUGCAUCAGCCUAACGCCUCGCUCCAAGAAACGCAGCCUUCAGAGAGAGGAGCUGCCUCCCAAGCCUGUACCUCCUCUUGUACCUUCUUCGUCUUCAGCAACCGCUUUAUCCACUUCUCAUCCCAUCUCCUCCCCAGCUCCUCACAUCCCCUCAUCUGCCAUCACUGUUAGCUACCAGGCUAUGUAUAAUGGAACAAUGGUGCAGGGAGACGGGUGCUCAGACAGUCGUGAUAGAGGACUGGAGGUGAAGAAAGUGAAGAGGGACUUGGAUGAUCAGCAGUAUUUGGAUGAAAACGCCAACCAAAAUGGUUCCCUUGUUAACUGCCCCUCGCAAAGCUGCACUGCUCUCCCAAAGUCUAUUUUUAGCAACAGUGACAUCAGUGAUGCACAAUCUCUUUGUCCUAGCAAGAUUUUUACUCAGACCUCCAUUAACCAGUCAGCAUCUGAUACCAAACUGCUGUCAAGUGAAACCUUAAACCCACAUGAUGCAUCCUCAGAUCUUCCAGAAGCCAGUCAGCAGUCUGUAGAGAGUCUUAUUGAGGAGCUGCUGGAGCAGGCGCCGGGAGACCCACAGCUGCCUGGCGAUGCCAACGGUCAGGGCAUUAGCAUUGAGGCGUUCACACAGGAGCUGAGAGAACUGGAGGACCGGGUGAAAGAGCGCUGCAAAGCAGCCUGUCAGCUGGAGGAAAUCGCCAGAGAGAGUCUGUCCACUGAGCGCCAGGAAGAAGAACAGCAGCUGUCAUCAGCACUGGAGGGGAAGCUGACAGGUGACGUGAAGGCAGACGGGUCUGCGGUGGGCAUCUGUAGUCCUGCCAGACCACUGAACCAACCUGUGUCCCAGCCAUACACAGGUCCAUUCAUGACAGUUCUGUUUGCCAAGCUGGAGAACAUGCUCCAAAACUCGUUAUACGUCAACAUCCUGCUCACUGGCAUUGUGGCCCAGCUGGCCUGCUAUCCUCAGCCCCUCCUACGCUCCUUCCUGCUCAACACCAACAUGGUCUUCCAGCCCAGUGUCAAGUCCCUAAUCCAGGUUUUAGGUUCUGUGAAGAACCGCAUCGAGGCAUUUGCCGCAUCUCACGAGGACUUUCCUGCCAUGCUGAGGAAAGCCCAGCAGUACUUGGUGGCCCGAAGCAAAGUGGACUGGAGCGACUCGCCGGCAGCGGUUCCUACUUUGCGCCGCUCUGAUUCCCUUGUGAAGAGUCGAAAGCCAUCUCUCGGAGACCUGAUUCUUCGUCACACAAACAGUCCAACACGGGCUCGGCACGCCGCUCAGCUCGCCCUCGCACACGUACGGGAUGGCGGCCAAUCACUGCACAGCGCUCUGUUCCGGGGCAGCGGAGGUGCGUCUGGCAUUGAGAAGCAAGCUGAAGCGCUGCGAGUAAAGAACGCCGUCUACUGCGCCGUUAUCUUCUGCGAGUUCCUCAAGGAGCUGGCUGCCCUCACGCAGGAGCACGCCGUCUCUUUGCCCUUCCCGCACAGCCAGGAAGCAGAGGAGUAGAAGGUAAACUCAGACUCCUCAAACUUAGCUUCACAUCUGUUGAUUUAGGCUGUACACAAAGAAGAGAUUGAUAUAGGAUUCUCCCAUCAGGACACAUGUGAGACUUUUCUGUCACUGAAAUGGAUCGUCUGCAACGAAGCAGACAAAAGAGGAAAACUGGGAUUUUUUUAUUACUAAAAUUAUUAUAGGAUACCUAUAGGACUGGAAUCAUUUUCCUCAUCUGUACACUUAUGAUAUUGUGCAUAUCGUGUAUUAUAUUCACAUCCUGUACACAGAAAAUCUCGGUAAAUACUUGAGAUUCGGGAGCUUGUAUAUACACAUGCCAUUUCAUGGUAUAAUACGACACAGUAAAGCCACAGAUUAAAGAAGUAGGUGCACAUAUUGGUGCUAGUCAAUACUUGUUAUCUUUUGUUUUGAAAGGGUGCUUUCAGGCUGGCACAAAGAAGGUUUCCUCUUCAACAACAACAGAAAAAAACACCAAAAAUUGUUUGGCAGGAAAAGAUUGAAAGCGUGUGCGAGUCAGCCACUUACAAAGUAAUCCCAUCAGUUUGGUCAUCUCUGUGCAGCUGGCUCAUGUUUGCUUUCAUCAGAGCUUUUGUCAAGGACGGACUAAGAGAAAAAGUUCACUUUAAAAAACAGAAGCAUUCCCAAAAAACGUGGGAGCUCUUUUAGGUUUAUUUUAAAAAGGCUGCACUAAAUGCUAGUCAUCACUGAAUGAGAUGAAAACUGGAAAAACCUCCGUGUGGGAGAGCGCCACUUUGUCUCCUGUGAAUCAGCACGACUACCAUAAUUGUACUGAGAAACUUGGGUAAUUAUUGCCUUUUUCUUUUAACGUUUUAAACAUUUGUCUUCUGAAUUUGCACCAUUUUAUAGACAUAUCAGCAACAUGUGGGAGCAGAUGUGUCUGCCAUUGUGUAUGAGAGUUUAUUUGAAUGAAUCACUCCUUUCCAAAAAGGUGACGCCAACUGUUCAGGCCAUUAGCUAACCAUUCACUGUUCGCCAUUUAAAAAAAAUAAAAUAAAAAAAUUAAGCGGAGGAAUCACGAAGACGGCAAGAGGAUCAUGGCCACUGGGGAAAAAAGUGGGCACAUCUUUUUUUUCUUCUUCUUAUUUUCCAGAAUUCAGACUUUUUCAUCAGAAUUACUUUUUUCCCAUAAUUCUGACUUUAAUCUCAGAAUUCUGAGAAAAAAGUCCGAAUCCUGACAUUAAAGUCAAAGAAAUUUUUUUUCUCAGAAUUCUGGAAAAGAAGAAAAAAAAAAAGAUGUGCCCACUUUUUGUACCCCAGUGACCCUGAUCCUCUUCCGUACUUGUACGUGUCGCAUCCUUUGUGUGUCAUUCAGUGUUUUUGAAAGACCCGAAAUUCUGCACGAUUUUUAAUUUUUUUUUAAUUCCACCUGUGCGUUGGCAUUAUUUCCCUUAUUUUGAAUUUGAUGACCCAGAAUCUCAUGAGGCGUUCAUGACUUUUCUUGAAAAAGAUUUUGUUUUCUUGGUGAGACAGGCCAAACCGAACACACAGCACAUCUGGGAAAAUAAUAUGCUGCUACUUUUUUUUUUUUUUUUUGAAACACUAACACCCAUUUUAAUGGUGAAAUAGCUACUCUAUCUUUUUAUUUCAUUGGGUACCAAGUAUAAAUGUGCACGUGGAGGUGCUGAUGCAAGUUGUGAUCAGCUUUUCUUUAAUUUAUUGUGUUUUGAGGUUGAAUGAAGUUGCAGCCACACAGUGUUAAAAGCUUUUGCCAAGACUUGAUAUUCACUGUUUUCCUUUGUAAUGUGUUGCUAAUUUGUUUUUGGGGUUUUUUUUGUUUUGUUUUUUUAUAAAAUGGUAAGUAGUCAUUUUACAGCUCUGUAAUAUCUGUAGCAGUUUUCUGUAAUGCUACCAGAAACUGUAAAAACUGUAAAAAUGUGCAUUAUUCUUAGGAGUGCUUUGUUAAAUCAUCUACCUGUGACCCAGCUUUCCAAGUAACAUAUUUGCACAUACUAGCCAUUCUCUCUCAACUCUUAGCAGUAGAGAAACUGCCUCCCACCCUGCAAAACGUCUAACAUUUCUUUCCCAUUACACCACUUUCACUUUCUGCAACAAGCUGAGACGUCCUCAGCUCGUCGAAGCCAUAGCCGCGUUCGUCGUGCUCGUACGUGUGGGAUUUCGUCCCGGCUGUGAGUCACUUUUCUACAGAAUUUCUUAGAUGCAUUUCGUAAUGACCCAUAGUUUGUUUCUGGUUUUUUAUUAAUAGGUAAAUAGUUUCUGCAUGUCAGAUAAGGCGAGGUUUUAUGAUAAACUAACAGUUAAGUAGUGUUUGGUUUGUGCAAUAGUACUGAGCUUAAAUUAGCUUCCAUGCAGUAGGGUUUAGUGGUUAGUGAGUCGUGCACCUGCAGAGCUCGGCGAUGACAGCGAGGUUUCACGCUGAACGUUUGCUCUGGGUAGAGAAAUCUCUCUUGUACUUUACACACUGCCAUCCGUCCAUCCGCGUAUCACCCAGUCUGCUGUACAUGUGUGAUCUGAAGAGCGAGGGAGAGGAAACAAAAAAACGAGAACAGAGGGCCUCAUUCCUCAUCAGGUUCCAUGUCUUUUACACUCAAGAUUGUGUUUUCUAACAAAACUAUUUUUUACAAACAGCUCUGAUAAAGAUUGAUGGUACUUGCUCUGUUUCUUAAUGUCACUUCCAGUCACAGUUACAGUCAUUAGUGUUCAUGGUACACCAAAGACAAUCGCUGAUACCUGAAACUCACAAUGUCUGUUUAAGCAAUCGUAGACAGUUUGAUGGUACACGGUCUGAACACUGUAAUGAACCUUAUCCACGAAUCGCGCUUCUUUAGUCAACGUUUCACGCCCACAAAACGGUGCCAGUUAGUUUUUGUUUUUUAAUAAUUUUAAAUUUUUAAGGCUCAGCCUAAUUAACGAAAAGGGAGCUUCUCAGUAAGAACGUGGCAUUAAUAAAUCUGUCUAAUUAGGGAUUGCAGUCUGUACUCGCGGUUAAUCUUUUACUUUUAUUUGAUCUUUUUUUAGUUCAUUUGCAAGUAUACAAAAACCAAUGUGAUGAAGUUUGUAAUGUGGCGUUUUUAUAAGGGGAUUGUUUCCUACCAGGGCCUUUGACGUCUUCCUUGAAAGACUGUAAGCAGAAGUUUAUUUAGAGCAGUGAUUAUAUGUAAAAACACACGUUGCACACAGGUAAAUGAAAGGGAGUCUGGCAAAUAGAAUCAAGGCUUCAUGGUGACUGUGAUGGAUUUACUUAGCUUUAUGGAAGUUGCUUUUCAUACUCUGCUGGUUUUUAAAGAAAAAAAUAUAUAUACAUGAGCACUCCAAUCGUUCACAUAACAGGGGUCAUGGACGGGGGCACAGGCCUUUUUUUCCCUCUUAUUCUUUUUCAUUUUGGGAAAUUGAUUUUGACGCUUUCUGCUUUCAGCAGCUACCACGGCUGGAUGCACAAGAUGUUUUUGUUCCUCUAGUGGCCACGGAGUAAUCAUGCUGUAACAAAUCUGAAAAAAAAAGUUCCUGCUUAAUUUGUUUAGCACAAUGAACGAUGGCCUUCCAAAACGUGUGAGCUCUUUAUGAACGAGCAUCUCAGCCAGUGUGAGCUGCAGCGUCUCAGCUCUGCUCAGACUCCAAACCUGCUUCCUUGGCCUGCUAUUGUUGUUUUCAGACUCUGUUAACUGACAAAUAAAAAAAGGAGUUGUUGUAAACCCAAAGCUAAGCUCCGGAAGAUUAUGUUUGGCAGUUUUUGUUUGUUUUUACUUUUUUUUUCUGCUGUGUUUUAAACAUUUUCUUGAACACUAAAAUUGAUCUGACAAUUAAGUAAAAAAAUAACUUUUAAAAUAAAUUUCACUAAAAUUGUUCUUUGAAAAUUUUCCUGUGUUUUUGCUUAAUUUUGAGCGUGUAAUGUCUUUUGGGGGGUUUUUUGUUUGUUUUUUUUGUGAACGCAAACAGCAAUCCAAAAUGUUGAACUGCCACUCCUGUUUUUACAUUGCGAGCUGCAGCGCCACCUGGAGAAAGUGGAGGGGUGGGACAGUAAACAUCUCAAGGACUCAUUUGCCGCUUCAAAAUGUCCAAUCUGUGCCAUGUUUGAUAUUGAUAUCUUUUGUUAUGAUCUUGUUUCUUUCAAAGGCUUUGACCUUUCACCUCUGACAUUUUCCCCUCUGUGAUCUAUGCAAAACAUGCUCUGGUGUCUCUGGGUUGAAGCUGAGAGAUGGUAUGGAUUGAUUUUGAUGUGUAAAUACUGUUUAUAUAUAUAUAUAUAUUUAAAUAUAUAUAUAAACAAAAAAAAACAACGAUAAGCAAGUGGGAGACGAAUGUGAAAUGAUUAACGCUACAGAAUGAAAAUCAUCUGAAAAUCAUGUCAUGAUGAAUGUUGUCAGAAAUAUUUUUCUAUAUUUUGAAAUCAUUAGAGAAAAAGAGGACACAACUUGCAAAGUGGGAAAAGCUGUCAGAAGAACACUACAAAGGGAAUGUUUUUAUUAAUUUAUAAAUUUUUUUGCCUAGCAAUACAA